GUCACCUCGUUAGAAUAAGGGGCGGGGAUUGCAGCGGGGGCUCCAUCCGGGACCUUGCCAUGACCCGUGACGUAAGCCAUCUGCGGAGCAAACAUGGCGGAGCCCUCCUUUGGGAAUUCGAGUCCAGGAGGUUCAGCUGGCUCAGAUGACCAUGAGUUUGACCCAUCUGCUGACAUGCUAGUUCAUGACUAUGAUGAUGAGCGGACCCUGGAAGAAGAGGAGAUGCUGGAGGGAGAGACCAACUUUAAUAGUGAGAUUGAAGAUCUUGCUCGGGAAAGGGAUAUGCCCAUACAGGAACUGUUGAGUCUGUAUGGUUAUACAAGUGGUGGGUCCCCUGGAGGUGAGGAAGAUGAGGAUGAGGAGGAAGAUGAGGAAGAGGAUGAGGAGGAUUGUGAGGAAGAGGAGUACAUUGAAGAUGUGGAUAAUGAGGAGAACAGCAGAAGUGGAGGAGUCAAUAGGAGCCAGGAUGAGAGUGUGAAGGAUUCUGGCCUGGAAGAUGACACCCAGCCGUCCAAUGACGAGCGUUCUCAGUCUGCGACAUCUCGGGACAAUGCAGAGCUGAUCCGCCCACGGAGAUGCAAAUACUUUGAGAGUAAUGAUGUUGAGGAGGAAUCUGAGGAAGAUGAAGACUAUAUUCCUUCUGAAGACUGGAAAAAGGAGAUUAUGGUAGGAUCAAUGUAUCAGGCUGAAACGCCUUCAGGACUUUCCAAGUAUAAAGAGAACGAAAGAGUGUAUGAAAAUGACGAUCAGUUGUUAUGGAACCCGGAGCUCCUCCCGGAGGAGGACGUGGUGGAGUUUUUGGUAGAAGCCUCCAAGCGCACAGGGGAAGAAAAGGGAGUGGAUGCUAUUCCAGAGGGCUCUCACAUCAAGGACAACGAGCAGGCCCUGUAUGAAUUAGUGAAGUGUAAUUUUAACACUGAAGAGGCUUUGAGGAGGCUGAAGUUUAAUGUGAAAGCGGCCAGAGAAGAGCUAUCAGUUUGGACAGAGGAAGAAUGCAGAAAUUUUGAACAAGGAUUAAAAGCAUAUGGGAAAGAUUUUCACUUAAUACAAGCAAAUAAGGUGAGAACUAGAUCUGUAGGAGAAUGUGUGGCCUUUUAUUACAUGUGGAAGAAAUCUGAGCGUUAUGAUUUCUUUGCACAGCAAACCAGACUUGGGAAAAGGAAAUAUACUCUUCACCCAGGUGUUACGGAUUAUAUGGACCGGCUGCUCGACGAGACGGAGAGCGCUGCCUCUAGCCGAGCGGCUUCUCCGCCGUCCACCACACCCAACAGCAGCACCGGUCAGUCCGAGAAAGACGACAGCAGCAACCAAAACGGGCUUGCGAGUCACAGUGCAAGUGACUCUCAAUCCGGCACUAAUGAGAGCCAGUCAAACAGACCAGUCCAGCAUCCGGAGCACGCAGCACUGGACAGAGAGCCCAACGGCUGUGAUGAGGCCGAGGCCAUUGGUGGGAGCAGGAAUGGCUCCGUGGAGGGCGCAGACGCCAGUCCUGAGAAGCUCGCCAAGAGGCGGAGAGCGGAGGUCGACCUGCAGGGGGCGCCAGAGGAGGACUGAGCGAGCAUAAGCCAAACGGAACUGGUAUCACCAGCACAGAUGUGUGGAUCUGAGGCGCAGAGACAUGCAGGCCAUUUCCCCCCUUUUUAAUAUCCCAAAGUAACGCAGCUACUUUAAUGCUGAAGAAAACUCAUUUUUAUUUCCUUUCGAGGGACCUGUUCAAAUUUAUACUGAAAUUUAUUCUCCUGUUUCUAAUAGAAAUUGUCUGUAAUAUUUUUGUAUAUGGAAGAUAUUUAUAUUUUUACGGAAGCUAAUCGGCAACCACGAGCCUAACCCGGAUACCGGUUACGAAGGCAGGCGGCCAGUCCGGUGGCAGCUGGCAGGACGUCCCAUGAUGGGGGGGGGGGGUAGCCCCCGUCAGGCGGGCAAGACCGUGCCUCCCCAGAAACACCAUGUUGCACUCUUUUAUUUAUUUUGAAAACUUUUUUUUUUUUUUUUUUUGGCUCGGAGCGUGAAGCUAGCGUCUCGGCUGGGGGCCGCGCUGGUGGAUAAACCCCGACUCCCAGAAGCCUAGCGUGCGCCGCUUCUCUUUAACGAGCCAGAUGGGACCUCCCAAGGUUUGUUUGUGUGAGCGUAUUGACAUCAGUGAUGUCCUCCAUGCGCGCGCGGGACUCCUUAUGGGGCAGUUAGAAUAAAGCUGUAUUUUUCCACUUCUCCAGUCCGAUUUGCUGUUUUCUCUUUCAGAAGUACAUAUUAAGUCAUUUUCUGUGCAGUUUGCACAGAUUUAUUUUCUACUGUUCUUACACAUUUUAUAACCAAAUUGACAAGUCUGCGUAAUUCAGACUAGAACUUGUUUGCCCCGCUCCGUCCAGCUGUGGAUUAUUGUUUUGCUGUUUUUGGCCCAUAUUUAUUGGCGCCUUCUGUACAAACAGUGUGUGUGGGUUAUUUUUCCCUUUUUGUGUGCUUUUCUUUUUUCAUCAAAAUCCACACAGGCCCUUUUGCAGAGCUUUCCCUGAAACAGGGGAGGUCGAGCAAAGGCUGGAGCCAAAGCGGUGUGUGCCGCUGUGUGCUGUCAAACACUCACAGCUGCCAGGGUCAGAGCGGCUGGCUGUGAUGCUCUAGUCCACUGGGACCCCUAGACAGUCCAUGCUUUUUGCUCCCGGUAGGAAGGUGGGAGGGAGAAUAAAUGCGGACUGGCUGGGGGUCUCUGAGGACUGUGUCAGGAAACACUAGUCACGGACCUUGGCUGGGCCGCCCAAAUGCUCACGAAACUUAGUUUGGAGUUUCUGCUGCUGUUCUCCUGAGGUUGUGAGUAGCGCCUGAUCUGUACUCACUUUCAAGCGCAAACACUUUACGUGUUUUGUCCUAAAGCUUUAACCGUGAGAAGUGGGCAUUGUUUUGACCCCCCCCCCUCCUUUCCAUUCUUAUAAAAAGAUGGCAUUGUACUUUAUCAAAAAUAAAAACAUUGACGUGCA